AUGCUACGAUUUCAGAACGAUGUCGAAUUUACAGACGUACCAAUACCGACCACCCGCGCGCCAGCGCCCGGUAGUCACACCAUCCGACGCGCAAAGACACUCACCCGCCCCGAGCGCAGCGUCGCCCCGGUCCCGCUCAUCAAUGCCCCGACUAGCGCAGGCGGCCCCGCCACCACUCUCGAGAUGGACUACAACGGCUCCCCAGCCUGGACGCUCUUCUCCAAGGUCGUCACCUUCUGGGCACCAGGCUUCCUCCUGAGCUCGAUCGGCGGCCUCCAUGGGAAGGACGUCCAGCAGGCAUGGCGGGAGAAGAUGACGCUCUGUUUCCUCAUCGCCCUCCUAUGUGCUGGAGUCGGCUUCGUCACCGUCGGCUUCCAGAAGGUGCUCUGCCCGGAAACAGGCGAAACCACGAAGAUAUUCGCUGGCGUCGGUGAUACGCAAAUGGUCGUCGGCGUCCAGGGACGCGUCUACAAUACCACCAACGCUCAGGCCCCGUUCCAGUCCAUUGCGAUGAACAGUGCCGGUGCGGACGUUACAGGGUACUUCCGUCGUACUGCAUCUCAGUUCGAUAGAUGCACUGGUCUCAAUAACCUCAUCGCCACGGACGACCCAUGCUCGGGUUACACACCUUGCACUCAGGGCGAUAUAGCUUCGGAAUCUACCUUCCAGAACCUCGGACUGGAGGUGACGCCCUUCGUCUCCGGGUACUCAUGGGACCUCGUUGCCAACCUCACCUACUACUUCGUCAUCGACGGCGCCGUACUCAACAUGACCAACUACUUCACCUUGCACCCCAACCCCGUCUCUGGCGACAGCGUCGACUAUGCGCUGCGCACCGUCAUCAUUGAUUCUCCCACGGCCAGUGGGAAGGAUGGUACCCGUCUCUUCUACGCGAAGUCGGACCUGAUCCAGGCUGUGCCGUGUCUCGUGCAGCGCUAUUACGCCGGGAACAUCGACAAGGUUUCCCCAGGCUGCUUCGUGUCCGACCUCUUCCUGUACGCUGGCUUGUUUGUCAUCUUGGGCCUCGUCAUGGUGCGCUUCGUGAUGGCGUGCGUCUUCAACUGGUUCCUGUCCGGGCGUCUAGCAGCCACCCCUGAUCAACGGGAACUGAACCGGAAGGCCAUCAGUCCGGCAGUCAUGCCCGAGGGCGCCAACAUCUCCAUCGACAACCGUAAUGGCACCGCACCUUGGGCUGGCCCGAAUGGCAAGUUGAACAAGCCCAAUCCGAAGGCGAAGUCUUUUGGCGCGUCUGCCAGCACGCUCAACUCCAAUGAUGGCGCGUCACCUAUCAUCAGUAUGGCGCAGAUCGGCGCGGAGCUGUUCGCGGUCUGCCUUGUCACCUGUUAUUCGGAAGGCGAGGACUCGCUCAGGACGACGUUGGACUCGAUAUCGCGCACGACUUACUCGGAUGCACGGAAGUUGUUGUUCGUCGUCGCCGAUGGAAUUAUCACUGGUGCCGGCGAGAAGCGGAGCACGCCGGAUAUCUGUGUCUCGCUGCUGGAGGCGGACCCACGGUUCGGUGACCCUAUACCCAUGAGCUACGUUGCAGUGGGUUCAGGAGCGAAGGCGGUCAACAGGGCUAUGGUGUACGCCGGUCAUUACACCGUCGCUGGACGACGAACCCCGACGGUCAUUGUUGUCAAAUGCGGCACCGAGGCCGAGGCCGCAAAGGAGAAGAAGCCCGGAAACCGCGGCAAGCGUGAUAGCCAGCUUAUCCUCAUGAACUUCUUCUCCCGCGUCACCUAUAAUGAUCGAAUGACCCCGCUGGACUUUGACCUAUUCCGGAAGAUCCACAUACUAAUGGGUGUAACGCCAGACUUCUUCGAGGUCUGCCUGAUGGUCGACGCGGACACCAAGGUCUUCCCGACGUCCCUGGGCCACCUCGUCAAUUGCAUGCAUCACGAUCAGAUGAUUAUGGGCGUCUGCGGCGAGACGCGGAUAGCGAACAAGCGCCAGUCUUGGGUGACCGCCAUCCAGGUCUUCGAGUACUUCAUCUCCCACCACCUCGCCAAGGCCUUCGAGUCCGUCUUCGGUGGUGUCACCUGUCUGCCCGGAUGCUUCUCCAUGUUCCGGCUCAAGGCACGGCGGCAGACCGGCGAGGAGUGGGUGCCGCUGAUCAUCAAGCCCGAGAUCGUGCAGCAGUACUCCCAGAGCGAGGUCAAGACCCUUCACCAGAAGAACCUGCUGCUGCUCGGCGAGGAUCGCUUCUUGACGACCAUCCUCCUGCGCACGUUCCCGAACCGGAAGAUGAUGUUCUGCCCGCAGGCGCGAUGCAGGACCGUCGUCCCCGACACGUUCGCCGUCCUGCUCUCGCAGCGCCGUCGGUGGAUCAACUCGACGAUUCACAACCUCAUGGAGCUCGUCCUGGUCCGGAACUUGUGCGGCACGUUCUGCUUCAGCAUGCAGUUCGUUGUGUUCAUGGACUUGCUUGGCACGGUCGUACUGCCCAUCGCUAUCGCCCUGACGUACAUGCUGGUCGUCGGCAUGGCGUUCGCACCGCCGCAUUCUUUCGAGGAAGCCAUCCCGCUCAUCCUGCUCAUCGCCGUCCUCGGUCUUCCCGCCAUCCUCAUCAUGAUGACCACCGGCAAGAUCGUCUACGUCGCAUGGAUGUUCGCGUAUCUGCUCGCCCUGCCCGUGUGGAACUUCAUCCUCCCGGUGUACGCGUUCUGGCACUUUGACGACUUCUCGUGGGGUGAAACACGAAAAGUCGCCGGAGAAACAAAGGACGAGGGUCACGGUGGAGGUGGCGGUGUCAAUGAGGCCGUCAAGAUCCCGAUGCGCCGGUGGGAAGACUGGGAACGCUCGCGCCUGCGCAAGAUUCGCCGCGAGGAGCGCCGGAGACGCGAGUUCGAGCGUCAACAUGGUGGCUACAUCACCGGCGAGGGCAACCUCCUCGGCGUGGGCGACACCUACAGCACGUACGAUGGUUCCGACACCGUCUCCGUCACGUCCUCGGAGGAUGACCAGUGGGGCACGAACAUCGGCACGUACAACGAGAACAGUUCGCAGUACGGCCCGCCGCCAACAGGCCUAUUCGAGGCGCCGCAAGAUCGACUAGCGUCCGCGGAAGUGGUGGACGGUGCGGACUUGGAAGCGAUGCUGGAGCGAGGGUUCGACGAUCGGGGGUCACCAACAACACCGAAUUCGGCGGUGCCCCUCACGUCCUCCAUGCCGCGGUACCAGCUCUCCGACGGCGCAGCAUCAGCACACAAUCUGGUGAAUGUCCGAGACGACAGCGGGUACACGCCGCUAGAUCGUUCGGGGCACCCGCCACUGCCGUCGAUGAAGCCCAUGUCGCCGCCGCCACGAGACGGUGGGCGCGGAGGUUACGGGCCAUUAGGUCCCCUGGACCCCGCGUCUCGAAUCUGA